AUGGCUAGGCCGAUAUUUAUUGACUUCUUUUGGUAUCGACCACGACCCGCCGGUGAGGGCACGCCCAAAACACCCCUACAACCCAAAUCUGUGAAUUCGAUCGAUCGUCUCGCAAGGCCCUUCAAAUGUCCCGGCUCGGCAACACCGACGCGCGCAUCUGAGAAACCGUCUAGGAAGAGGCGGAAGGUGAAUUAUGCCAAUGCUGAUGGGAGUGUCGAAGAUGGGGCAGAGAAACCAUACACGAACGAGGAUCGGCUCGCGUUGGCGACAAGAGAGGUCAAUAAGUUCCCUGUGUUUAAGCCGCGGGACAAGGAUAUGGCAUUUCGGUCGCGAUUUCAAAUUCCGUUUAUCAACAAAGCUGGAGAUGGAUACAACGCUGGCCGAGCUGCUCCAACGUUGGGCAUGAGGCAGGGUGCGACGUUUGUGGUGAAGCCACUACAUGAUCCCAGUGGAGAGUUUGCAAUUGUUCUAUACGAUCCAACGGUUGACGAUGUUCCUGCUGAGCCUGAGCCUAAGGCUUUGGAGGCCCCGACCGAAGAGAAGCCGGAAUUGGACGAACCCAUUGUACACAAGAGCUUAGCAGAUAUCCUUGGACUGAAGAAAGAUGUGGAUGAGCGACCAAAGGUGCCUGUUGUCAUUGAUCCGAGACUUUGCAAAGUGCUACGGCCACAUCAAGUGGAGGGUGUAAAGUUUCUUUAUCGAUGUACCACUGGGCUGGUGGAUAAGAACGCAAAUGGAUGCAUUAUGGCAGACGGUAUGGGUCUUGGAAAAACACUGCAAUGUAUUGCAUUGAUGUGGACACUUUUGAAGCAGUCCUCUGAAGCUGGCAAAACAACAAUUCAGAAAUGCGUCAUUGCAUGCCCGUCGAGUUUGGUCGGCAAUUGGGCCAACGAGUUGACAAAAUGGCUUGGAAAGGACGCUACAACUCCUUUUGCAGUGGAUGGAAAGGCUUCAAAGACCGAGCUAACUGCCCAGAUCAAGCAGUGGGCCAUUGCAUCAGGACGUGGAAUAGUCAGGCCUUGUCUCAUUGUGUCUUACGAGACGCUCCGAAUGUAUGUCGAUGCAUUGAAAGAUGCACCAAUUGGACUUCUAUUAUGUGACGAAGGCCAUCGGCUCAAGAACAAAGAAAGCUUGACAUGGACUGCUUUGAACAGCUUGAACGUUACUCGCCGAGUGAUCCUUUCUGGAACGCCCAUUCAGAAUGACUUGUCAGAGUAUUUUGCUCUACUUCACUUUGCCAACCCGAAUCUUCUCGGCUCACAAGCCGACUUCCGCAAGAGAUUUGAGCUGCCAAUUUUGCGAGGUCGAGACGCAGCAGGUACCGACGAAGAAAAGAAAUUGGGCGAUGAACGACUCUCAGAGCUAUCCGGCGUUGUCAAUAAGUUCAUUAUUCGCCGAACGAAUGAGCUGCUUUCCAAAUACUUGCCAGUCAAGUACGAGCAUGUCGUGUUCUGCAAUAUGUCCCAGUUCCAACGUGGUCUAUACGACCAUUUUAUCCAGAGUCCUGAGAUUCGAAGCCUGCUCCGUGGAAAGGGUAGUCAACCGUUGAAAGCAAUUGGCCUUUUGAAAAAGCUUUGCAACCACCCUGAUCUUCUUGACCUUCAGAAGGAUCUUCCAGGGUGCGAGCAUACAUUCCCCGAAGACUAUAGCCCUCCAGAUUCCCGUGGCCGUGAUCGAGAGAUCAAAAGUUGGUAUUCUGGAAAGAUGAUGGUCCUAGAUCGUAUGUUGGCACGGAUCCGACAGGAUACAAACGACAAGAUUGUUCUCAUCAGCAACUACACUCAGACGCUGGAUCUGUUUGAAAAGCUUUGUCGAUCGCGUGCAUACGGUUGCCUGCGACUUGAUGGAACCAUGAACAUCAAGAAACGCUCGAAGCUAGUGGACAAAUUCAAUGACCCCGAUGGUCCAGAAUUUGUGUUCCUCUUGAGUAGUAAGGCUGGUGGGUGUGGUCUGAACUUGAUCGGCGCCAACCGCCUGGUACUGUUCGAUCCUGACUGGAACCCAGCUGCUGAUCAGCAAGCGCUGGCUCGAGUGUGGCGUGACGGACAGAAGAAGGACUGUUUCGUGUACCGUUUCAUUGCAACCGGCUCUAUUGAAGAGAAGAUAUUCCAGCGCCAGUCCCACAAGCAAUCGCUAUCAUCAUGUGUCGUCGACUCCGCAGAGGACGUUGAGCGCCACUUCUCUUUGGAUUCCCUACGUGAACUCUUCCAGUUCAAACCCGACACGCGUAGCGACACCCACGAUACAUUCAAAUGCAAACGAUGUCGACCAGACGGAACACAAUACAUCAAGGCCCCAGCUAUGCUAUAUGGUGAUACGAGCUCGUGGAAUCAUUUGAUCAAUACUGGAGAGAAGGGUCCUCUCAAUCAGAUCCAGGAUCUGUUGUUAAGACAGGAGACCGGGGAACAGGAUGUCUCUGCUGUUUUCCAAUACAUCAGUCAUUAA